UCUUCCGUGGAGUGUUUCAAUGAGAUUCCGCACAGCCAAGCCUUCAGGAACUCUGAUUGAAACCUCUUUUUCGUCAUCAUCUUCGGUGUUGGAGGUAAGUUAUGUAAAUCAAGGUACAUGUCAUGGUAUAAAAGUCAUUGAAUGUUCUUAUACUUACGUGAACUUCGUUGGUAUUUCAGUUGGUUGAUGGUUAACCGUAAUACAACUACAGAGGGCUGUUGGUUCCCAAUUGCCUCACAUAGUGGUGAAUGAUACCCAGUGGCAUCACAUUGAGAUCCUCUGGACAGAUUCUUCCCUUAAAAUAACAAUGGACUACAUCUACAAAGUUUCUGCAGAUGCAUACAGGGGAAAAGACCUUGGAGUUGUCUGACAGUUUUUCAUGGGAGCGAGGAAGAAUUCUACCAAGUCUGCAGUGUACGGUGGAUUUAGAGGCUGUAUACAAGGUAUGCUUUUCUAACAAAUUCUUCUAGUUAAACUGUUAGGUUUAUGUUUCUGUAGCCUGCUCCAGGUAAUAGAUUAGCAGCAAUGCACUGAUUGAUUUUCCGAAGCUUGAAGGAAAAAAUGGUUGUUAAUGAGUAUAGGUAAUAACAUGAUUUCGAGUGCAAUUUGGUGUUUAUACGCUCGAGUGAAUUUUUUAGUACCACAAAAUUGCACGAGCUGUGGGGCGAGGGAAGUUUGUAGUCUUUGAAAAAUUUAUAAUUGCUUAUUGCACCAAAUUGCAAGAUAAAUCAUGUUAUUAAUUGUUAAUAAUUUACAUGAAAAAACAUCACAGAAAGGCAAGGCAGACUAAACGUUAGGUUUGGAGCGAUAGUGUGAGUGCGUAUGUGCGUGCGCACGUGCGUGCGCACGUGCGUGUACGUGUACGAGCAGGUACGUACAAGCGUGUGCGUGCAUGUGUGUUCGUGCGUGCUUAUUUAUGUAGUAAGGGUUGGAACUGUGCUAUUGGAGUGAGUAUGGUAAUAGUGGAUGUAUGAAUAUUAGGCCAUUUCCGACUUCUUAAAGGCUUCCUUUUUUCGUGAAAAUAGUUUCGUUUGCAAAAUAAUUUAUUUUCCUAUGAGAAGUAUCGUAUCUGGGAUCGUUUUAAAACAGAGGCUGUGGGCCUCUCGGAAAUGGUCCAACUCGGUUACCCGUUUAUACGAGGAGACACUAACCUCUCUCUUUCCAUAUCCAUAGGGGUUUUUGUCGGGAGUACCUUAAUCAACAUGAACUCUGGAGUCAAUCACAGAACAGCAUCUGAUUGUGAAGAGAAAAUGGGAAGCCACUGCUCAUCGAACCCUUGUCCAGACUAAAGCACGUGCUAAGAGGAAUUCGACUCCUACAAAUGCAUAUGUCCCGUAGGUUACGUUGGUAAACACUGCGUGCGCGUAUAUUCUCUUAAGCCGUGCCGACAUGGCAAAUGUGAAAGUUCAAACCAUGGAAAGGGAUUCCGAUGUGGUUGUCCUCAACAGUACACUGGUAAGUGGAAUUUUUUCAAUUUUUAUCUUAUUUUUUUUCAAUUAAAGUUAUUACCUAUUGGGCACAUUUCUAAAUAAAAUAAAUAAGUAAAUAAAUAGAGAAUAAUACAUGGGCGCGCGUAGAUAUGGAAUUUCCCUUCGAGUGUUUAACUCGAUAGCUCACGUGUGAGAUGUUGAGUUGAAUACGAGCGAACUUGUACUGGUGAUUGGGUCGAACUCCCACAGGUGAAUAGGCGCGAACUUGCAGUGGGGCGAAUUCACCAGUUACCGAUAUGCAAUCUCUCAAUGUUGAACUUAAGAUCCACUUAAAUAUAAAGUUUGAAUGUUUUGUAUAAUUUCUUAGGGGAAUUUUGUGAAGUUCGCAUUGAGAUACCUUGUCGAGAUAAGUACUUUGGUGCUUCAAGUAUAGGCGUCUGUGGUCCGUGUAAAUGUGAAGUGGGGAUGAAUCUGAGUCCAGUUUGUAACAGGUCUACAGGAGAGUGCUACUGUAAUGUAAGUACCACAUGGAAGAAGCUUAUCAGAUGAACUUUACUAAAACCGUGGAAAGUUACGAGAGUCUAAACCAGGGAAAAAAUCAGAGCAGUUUCUGUUUUUCUUUAAGAAGUCGGGAGAACGAGGGAAAAAUCAGUGGGGGAAAAAGCGAUAAUGCAGAAAACAAAUGAACAAAUGAAGAAAAGACUCCUUAAUCUACCAUUAUGGACUUAGGCAGGAAAGGAGAAUUGUUUGCAGUCUGGGGGGACAUAAAGUUUUUUGUGUGUGUGCUUUUACAUUUCGUCGAAAAGAACAGGUUUUUAUACAGAUUUGUUUGCGAUUUGCAUCAUUCUUUAUUUGAUUGGUAUGGGAAACAGUGCUGAAAAGUACAUUGUAGUGGGCGAUGUGUCUGAAAGAAAGCCACUGAAUGGCUCCCAUGUGGUCUUGCAAUUUUCGUCGCCUGUAAACCGCGGCUACUGUUUUAGAAUUCAGUUCUGAUGCUGUGUCCUCCAUUCACUUGUUAUGCCAUUGGAAAUCUGUGCUUUUUUUUAAGUAUUUUUCUCAUUUUGUUUUUGUCCAGGCAAAGCGCUAUCGAAAUAUUGUAAGCUACACAUUUUCGGGGUGCCCCUGUGUUUAGUGAUGGCUGUCUUAGAUGUGACUGUGAAGAGAUUGGUAGGACUGCUGAUCAGUGUGCUACAGAGAAUGGCCAGUGCCCUUGUCUUAGAGGCCGAAGGGGAGGGAAGAAUGUGGUCGGAAGGCGUUGUAAUCAGUGCGAAGACAAACAGGGUCAGAUUGUGAGCGGUAGAGGCUGUGUGGGUGAGUGAGAUUUAACUUAAAUUGAACGCGUUGCAAACGCAGUGAAAAUGCGUAUUUAAUUCGUGUGAAAUGGGUUUACUUAUACGUGUAAGGCGUCAACAGUGCGGAUGAAACACGCCUCCACCCGUUCAAAACGCGUCUUUAUUGCAAGCGAAAUGCGUUUGCAUGGGUUUAAAACAGGCGCUUUGACAAACAUUAACUAUGUUGCUGAGAGACAGUCUUUUUCAGUUUGGUCAGAUCGAGAAGAAUCCCGAUUUUUCUAAUUUCCUGAGGAAUAGGAAAUUGGUUGAAUUAUUGGAAGGUCAGAUAUCUGGUAACAUUUCUUUCAUAAAAAAGGAUAGUCAAUUUUGAUUCAUCUCUUUGAGAGUUUCCAGAAACAGUUUGCUCGAGAAAUCGUGAGUCUUCUGUUCACAUAAUUAACAAGGAAUUCUAAAGUGUAAAAUUUAUUGUUAUUUUUAUUAUAAUUAUUAUCAUCGUUAUAGUUAUUAUUAAUAUUAUCAUUAUUAUUAUCAUAAUUAUAUUAUUUAACCACAUGAAAAGAAGAUAUCUCGAACAACCUUCGUCAUGUUACCUCUAUUUAUUUAUAUAUAUAUAUAUAUAUAUAUAUAUAUUUAUUUAUUUAUUUAUUUAAGUAUUAUUUGUUAUCUAAAAACGGGAAAUGAAGAACUCUGGAAUUAAGUCCUAUUUUAUUUGUUUGUAUCCAAUAGUUAUUGCCUCAUCAUGUCCAAGAGCAUUUGCUGAGGAGAUAUGUUGGAAGAAAGAAAUGUCCUUCUAUUUCUUUAUGGGGUGGGGUAAGUGUGCGAAUGUUGUCCAACAGGGAGUGUAUGUAUCAACCCUUUGAAGUAAUGAACAAUUAAACUCUCCCUCCAAUAUCCAUACAUUAUCCAGCAAACAGGUGGUGAGAAUACCCAAAUUAUCAGGUAGAAGUUGUUAUGAAUGACUGGUACAAGAAACCUAUCAAAGUUACUAUUUUAUAAUAUUCACUCGCCGUCAUCUAUUGGAAGAUAAUUUUGCGCAAUUAAUGCUUUCAAAUAAUACUAAUAACAAACUAUUUGAGGCAUAAAACACGGAUUUCUGUGCAACGCGUGUGAAGGUUUUAACUCGGUUUUUUUUUUUGUCUCAGGAUGUCCCGCUGCUGUGGUCGGAGUUUCCGCUGGCUAAGCGAACGAGGGCUACGGAAACCAGAGAUUGUAAGUCAACUUUAGAUGGUCUCUGUAGAACUUUUUACCAGCCCGUGUAAAUAGUUUGUUUUUACUUUUAACAUUCCUAAACCAAGCAAUAGAUAGUGACAGUUCCCACUAAAUCUCGUGACAUUUGACCUUUUUUUUCAUUACUUUUCAGCUGCUGGAUGUCAACAGAUGGAACACUUAUCUGGACGUUUACGAUUCCGAUCAUCAUUAUUGUCGCGGUAAGUAGCUUCACGAAUGAUCCCACUCCUGACAACACAUGUCAAUGUUAACGGCAAACAAAGAGGUAAAUCUCUUGUGGUAAACGAAUUAUCAAUUGAAUUAAAAAUCUCUCUAAAAACAUCCAGUGACAUCUCUAGGAAGCUGGUCUCAUUCCCGUUCUCCUUACAACAUCAUCACGAUAUGAAGCAGGGCGGUGAUGAGAAAAAAAGAAAUAUAUCAACUAGGGGAUUAUUACUCGAUCCAAUACCAAAUUCUCCGAACUAACAUCAUUAGAAUUGUCUUACAAAUGAGAAGGGUUAAUGUCAACCGUCCACUUUUCACUCGUUCUUCCUCAUCUAGUUUUCCCAUCCUCCUCUCCACUUAUAAUUUCGUUGCAGAUACUAUGUUGAUGAACGGUGAGCCCGUUUUAUUUAUAUUUCGUUUUGUGACUUGGUGUUUGCCUCAGUGGCAUUCUUUUGCGCAGUUGACAUGCAUGUUGCUGUGGCAAACAAAACAAACAACUACAUAGAGAUGACGGUCUGAAAUUGUUCAUAUUUAUACACAAAUUUUGUAUUUGUGGAAUGGUGCAGUAUAAGUAUACAGUUACACUGAUUGAUUUAGUAUGUCGUGUUGUUCAUUGGUUUUCUUUUUAUCAUCUUAGCUCAACACACUCGUCUUUAUCAUGGCGCUGUUCACUUCACUUAAAAAACAAUCAAGGAAGAGACGUCGCCGGCAGCACCACCAUCACCACGACGACGAAUAAUCUAACUUGACGUAAGAUAGCACUUUUGACUGAUACAUGAGCGUGUCAAUCGUCUCUUGCUAAAACUUGGUUUUCACGAGUGACGCAAGCAUAAACACAAGCUUAACAGCUCAGAGAAGCAAGCAAGAAUAUAGCGCAAGGAUCAAAAUUUGUCCUUUUUCUUGCGCUACUCUUUGUGCUCGUCGACGUUCGUUUUCAAUUGGCAUACUUACCUGAUGCUCGCGUUUGUGCUUGCGCUUGUGUUUGCGUCGCUGGGGAAAACCAGGCUUAAGCAUAAAAGACUAUUUAACAACUUUUCACCGAAGUAGAGGUUGCUCGUGGUGGAUAUUUACCGAACCGUGAAGCGGCGAGAUUAAAUAUCAACUGCUAGUUUCCUCCACUGAGGUGAAUAGUUAACUACCAUGCCAUAGAUAACGGAAGAUAUUAGAUUUAUGCAGACCAUGUAUUCAAAACCGCUUCCCUCGACUGACCAAUCUCCAACUGCUCAGUAACUGAGAAAUGUUAUAAUACCUAAAAAUGAUAAAAUGAUAAAGUGAAAUUUACCGAAUCCCUCCCAUAAGGUUCUGGAGUAUUCCAAUAAUCCAUUCCCCCCAACUCCAUUGGAAGUCAAUUUUCCACAGUCCACCAUUAAACUCUGUUCGAGACGAUUGAUUCCCCCUCUGUUUCCCUUUAAUACCACGUGAUCCACCUCCCCUCUCCCCCUCUCCCCCUCUCCCUUCCCCCCUCCCCCCGCCGAUAAAUAGAGACUGGUUCGUUAUGAUUUAAACUAGAUAAUUCUUUAUUCAUUUGUCAUAUGUCUCAAAUCUUUCCUUUUUUUUCACGAUUUCAAUUUGAUUUCAUCGACGCGGAAUAUUUGAUUCACUUUCCCACUCUUGCUUUGUUUUAACUCUUUAACUUCCAGACUUAAUCAACAUGUAACUUCUCCCUGAGGUUCCAGUUUAUUAUCUUGUAAAUACGUUUUGAGAACAGACAGUCUUAUCAGCCGGAGAGUAUCAUUCUGCAGUAACACAAAACUCUCCCCUCUAAUUUUCAAGGAAAUGUAUCGUGGUAAGAGGGGAGAAUUUCCAAUUAGAUCUUGAGGUUGAAAGGGUGAACUAACCUUUUUCUUUUCCCCUUCUUCCUUCCCACUUUUCAAUUCAUGCACUCUCUCUCCCCUCCCUGUUCGUAUUCGCAAGACUAUUCCAUUUCUCUGUAUUGAUUUCUUGUUUCUUUCUUCACCUGUUUAACGAAAAGUUCUGUUUCGGUUUUUUUUUCCUUAGAAACGCUCCUAUCACUCAGGGGAGACGGCACCUCUCCGAUCCCCGUAUGAUUUUGACGACGAUGGAAACGCCAAUAGCAUAUCUACCACGGAGCCAUCCAGAAGCGGUUUCCGUAACAGUGUAACGAGUCGGUUCACCACAGACAACAGUAUCACAGAUUCUAUAGGAGAUAAAGAUACCAGUGCACCAGGUGUGUGUUUGAAAUAUAAUUUCUCUCAAAUGCGUUUAUAAAUUCUGCUCAGUCCAAGUAAUAAGAACGUGGUUUUAAAUAAAUUACAGUGAUUUCUAGUCAGCUUCAAUACCCUAGAGACCGAAGAAAAGUGCCCCCACCAAAUCCUCAUUUUCUUUUCUUCAAUGAAGACUAGAUUCGUGCCCUACGAAGCCAAGUUUUCCUUAAUUACAGUCGUCCUACAAGAAAUGUUCCUUUGCAAUUCAAUUCGGUGGGGAGAAAAGAAGAAUCACCUAGAAAGUAAAUACAAGACUUAAAACACAAAAGCAAUCAGAAGCAAUCUCAAGCCACGAUCAUACAUGGAACCAGGCUAACUGGUUUAGUGCGGAAGGGGCUGGGCAUUGAUUGCUGUAUAGUGGAAUUUAUAAUUGCUUUCUUUCAAGGAACCAAUUCCUCUGAACCAUUUUAGGAAUGACUUAUGGCUUGCAGAAACUGCACGUUCUGUUUGUUUGUUUGGUUGUUUGUUUGGUUGUGUCGUCCAAGUCUUUCAUUUCGCUUAGCGAAAGAAUACGUUGUAAUGGAGUUAUUCCUCAUUUCUGGGAACUAAUUUUUGUUUGGUUGUUCAAAUUUUAGAUGGAAAAUCGCGAAAGGCCAAGUACCCUGAUAAUCCUGAACUUGGUAAGUCGUUUACAAUGCGUAAACUCAAACAUUUCUAUGUUUUAACUCCUUUGUAGUCAAUAUUUUGAUGGUCACGAAACGAAGAGGAAAAUAAGGGGUGAUAUUACUUCGUUACGCAAUAUUAUUGUGCAGCGAAACAUCUGUAACACAUCUUUGGUACAGUCAGUUAAAGGCUAACAAUCUUGUGAGUAUAUAUAGAGUGGGUAGCAUUAUAGGCGCACUCUGAUUGGCUACUCAAACUCCAAAUAUCCCUUGCUAAUCACCUCCGAGCAACGCGCGCGCGAUUUGCGCCCGGAAAGAUGGUAAUCGUUGCAGGAAGAAAUGCGUUCGGGUUUUUACCUAAUUAAUUAAGCAAAAAAUACAGUAAAAUUGACCAACUUUAAUGUGCUAGUGCUGAAGGAAGAUUUUUCGUAAGGAAUCGGUGGUGUUUUUACUUCAAAAUAUAAUUCAUUUGAUUUUUAUUUGUGGCACUUUUAGGAGCUUUGGUGUAAUUUUAAAAUUUACAUGAUUUUUUAACAAAGUACUCUCAAAUGCUUGUUGCAAAAAGCGAAAAAUAAAGCAACUUCAAGCCUUCAAAACGCGUCUUGGUAUAUAAGAAAUCAUGUCAAAUUACAUGCGGGCACAAAGUUUGGUCCUUAUACGAAAAUAAUAUGAAAUAAAAAAUUUGGAUGAUUCAGAUAAGUGCCGGCAAAAUAAAAGAGUUUGCGACGCACUGUGGCCAAGAUCAGGACGCAAACAACACUUUCACCUUUACCGGUAACCUUUUAACUCCCAAGAUCUCAUUUAUAAUUCUUCUUACUGUCUGCCAUAUUGUUUUUUAGAAGUUAGUUUGUGGAAUUUGGUAAUGGAUCAAGUAAUAAUACCUAAAUAAGAUUUUUCUUAUUCUCAUCACUUGUCUGCUUGAUAUUGUAUUGAUAUUAUAUUGACAUUGUAAGGAGAAAUUCUGUCUUGGUCACUCAUGGGAGUUAAAGGGUUAACCCCCUGUUACUAUCCAGUAUCUCAAGUGAUCUUGUGUUGUACUUUCAUGAUCUCAGAGUUAGUCUUCAUUUUAUAUUGAAAAAGUUUAAUACAUACAAGGAUAAGUAACCCUUUUUCGAAAUGUUUUUUACCCAGUAAAUCAUUUUUUUCUUUGUUUAGACUGGCAUUAUCAUUGUUGACGAAUGUAAACUAGCCGUGGCAGUGAAUUUUGGGACCAAAGCAGCCUCCUUCUCAUGUGCCGCAGCACGGCAGCUUCAAAUUAAAGAUGAAUCUAAAAAUUAAAGGUAUAUUUUUAUAUAAAUGCACACCAUCAAGAAAGACCCUUGGAGUAGGCAGAGUGGCUGAGUACUUAGGGCACUGGCCACCUGCUUAGGGACUUGCCAAGUGCUUAGGGACUUGUCAUCCGGUGGUCCCAGGUUGUAGUUCUCCACUUUGCUACUCACUGGAUUUGUUUUCAGUUGCACUGAGUUCCACUCGUUGGCUUUGCUCUGUUUAAAGCCAAUUUGUCUGCUUUUUACUAGUUGAGGUUCUUAAAAACUGUGUUGAUGUUUAUUUACUAUGUUUAUUUCCGAUUUGUUUGAAUUAAUUAUUUCUAAAAUUUGUAAGCAAAUUGAGAAUAGAGAAAUAUAUCAUACGAACUGUUAAUAGUGUUAUUAUCGUUAUAAUUAAUUGUUAUUAUUACUGUUAUUAUUAAUUAUCAUCAUCAUCAUCAGAGCUUUAGGUAUUUAUUAGCGGGUCAAUAUAUGCAACAAUUUUAGUAUAGUGGGUGACCUUUAUUGUAAGAUGUUUUGGACGACUUCUUGACCCCAAGCAGUGAUUUUUUUGUCAGAUUACUUAUGUCAAACUGCUGUUGGAGCUCUCAUUUCUGGGAGUCAAAGGGCUAACUGUAAUCUUAAGGGCUAUAACUUCCUGAUCAGUGCUCUUUGAUCACAAGUGUACACUUUUUGCAGUACUUGACCUAUACAUAAUUCUAGAUAUCUACUUACUUUUUAAAUUCACAAAAUCGUGUAUGGAAUGUUUUCGUGUUUGUAAUUAAAAGCGAACUGUAAAUAGUAACACUGUGAUCCUUUUUUUUUUUUUUUUUUUUAGCCCCUUGCAUUUGACAGGCCCUCUUCUUCUCGGUAUGCUCGUGCAGCUACCAAUUAAAUUCCCAGUGCCCUACAAACAUUUUACUGGCUGCAUCAGAAAUGUUUACAUCGAUCACAAGUUCUUGG